CUCCGGACUCAACUAACUCUAACGACUCUGAACACUUAAAGAAGUGUAUAUAAUUCAGAGACUUUUAAGACUUUUAAGAGUUUAGUUGCUGCAGUUUUUUCGCAGUAUAAGGACAUCACACACUGAUAAGGAUGGCUUCCUUCAUGUGCAGGACUCUGACUUUACUCAUCAUCUGCAUGGCUCUGCAAGACGGUUGUGGACACCCGUUAUCAGAGCAUCACGUCAGGACCAAACGCUGCUCCUGCAACAGCUGGGACGAUAAAGAGUGCAUCUACUUCUGCCACCUGGACAUUAUCUGGGUCAACACGCCCAGUAAACUCCUUCCUUAUGGUCUUGGAAGUCCCCUGUCGCGUCGACGCCGUUCAGCCGAGCGUUGCGAAUGUCUCAACUCGGCCGAUAAAACCUGUUCCGGGUUCUGCCAAAAAAGCUCAGAGAAACCAAGGAGGAAUAUCGUUGGACCAUUGGUGGAUUCUACAAGUACAAACAGCAACAAACUGCUGGCAUCUUUCAGAUCUAGAGUCGAGACCAACACUGUGAUCGCCAAAUACUUUCUGUCUAUGAAACCCAGAGGAGUAAAAACUGGCUGAAGAGCAGAACAACAGAGAGGUAGAGGACCAGAAGAAGUUCAACCUCAAUGGGCCGGAGACCCCACGGUUCGAGAACUCAUCAAGAGUCUUACCAACUCUUGGGAUGUAGAGGGGGAAUGGUAAAAGGAAAGGAGGCAGUGGAUCGAGAACUUGAUCAACAAAAACCAAGCCUCGGAGCACUGGCACCAGGAAACAAAGCUGGGUGGAGACGUUUAGAGUCGCUUAUUGAACGCUCUUUGAACUUUUUAACAACAGAUGCCAAGAAAGGAUCCAUUAAAGCCAAGGACAUGGAAACUGGUGUCUGGCCCUUUGGGGAACUACCAAGAAACAACAAUCAAGACAUGACUAUUGUUCAGAGGAGGAAUAUAACAAAGUACUUCUCCUAUUCUACAAUUCAAAAGGAAAUGUUAUUGACUUCACUACAUUUAUCUGACAGCUGAAUACUACUACUCCUUUACAAAUUAAGAUUUUUGCACAGGUUUUUUUUGUUGAUAGGUAAUCAUUCAUAAAACAUUUCAUGGUUCAAACUUCUCAAAUGUAAAAUGUACAGGUCUUACUGGUCUAGCACAUUUUUUGAUUUGGACCGUUACUCUCACACAACAUCGUGAAGUUAUGAAUUUGGCCUUUGGAUAAUUGGCAUCUUCACAAUUUUUACCGAGUACUUUUCAGUGUGAUUCUGGGUAUUUUACUUAAGAAAUAAUCCUAACACUACCUUAUCCACUGCUGUUGUUAAAAUCAGUUACUAAAUCAGUGGUUAUUUUACAUCUAAAGCUCACCUACAAUGACGACCGUAGGAUCAUUAGCCGGGAAUUGUUUUUCAAUGUUUACUAAAAAGUCAUUGCUGACCUUUGGUUCAGUUUCAUGUUCCUCUGUAUCAGAGCGGCGAUCUGCUGUCCUGCCUGAGUUUAAGGCAAAUUGCUUUUUUAAUUAUCAGGCAGUACUUGAACAAUAUUCACUCAUAAACCCAGGGAAAUGAAGGUCAUCUCUUUGGGGUUUAUCUCAUAAACAGCUCUACAUAAGGCCCAUUGUCAGCUCCUAUACAGCAGUCUGCUUUCUGCUAGCAUAACAACAACAACAGUGGGUCCAUUGUGUUGGCUCAAGUGUUUAUUGCAUAGCUCUUGUUUAAUGUUUUGAUUGAAGAUAAGCCAAACAGUUUCAAUGACGAGCCGCUUGCCAAAAAAUGCACCAAUGUUUUUUUCCUCUCCUGACAAAUGCUAACUUAAUUCCUCCGUUAUUACCCACUGGGAAAUGAUGACUUGAGUUUAUGCACUGCAAAAGUUAACCAUGUUAGGAAUGCACUUUCUCCGUGACACAGAUCCGUUGUCACAUGGAAAUAUAAACCUUCAUCCUCAAAUAUCUCAAUGCUGCAAACGAUGGAUAGUUUGCCAGCUUAGAAGUUUACUGUUAAAUGCUUUGUUGUAUAUAGAACUAUUUAUUUAUUCUCUAACUUAUUCAGAGAUGUAUUUAUAUUUGUAUGAAUGAUGCAUUGGAUUGUGUA